AUGAAGGCGGUGGUCGCGCUGGCACUGCUCUGCUGUCUGGCAACAACCCUGGUAUCAGCUGACGAGAUGGUGGUGGAAUUACCGAUCAAACGCGCUCGGCUACUCAAUUUGCUGGGUUCCAAUCGUCGCUUCACAGCCCCGUUCGCGAAAUCUGUUGACAAAAAGGUGGAAAACCGGCCGCUCUACGCCUUGCUUUGUCGUCAUGGAAAGUGC